CAGACCAGAUAUGGAGGCUCCACCGUGGACAAGAAAAAAAAAAAAGAAGACAUGAAGACUUUACUUGUUUACUUGCAGAAGAAGAUCUUUAUCCUAACUUGGCCCUUUCUUUUGUGUUUCCUUUUUGAUGGAGUGUUCGGGAGAUCUCGCUAUGAAUUAUAAUGGUUUACACUUUUAGACUUAGAGAAGAUGUGGACACCCCCCCUGAUCUGGUCUGAUGUGAGUUGCUCUCAACUUUAAAAGCUCUCUAUUCAUGAGUGCGUGGAGAUUCGAUUAACUGACCAUUAACUCUGUUGUACUCUCCUGCUUACAGACUGUUUUUUAUUGUGCCUCCGUGGAGUUUAAGCUAGAGUGUCUUGAGUGCUUUUCUAUUCUUGGAGAGAGUCGUUCUCUUAUCUUCUUAUUCCCUCCAUCUGUCUCUCCUUUUGCCUUUGUGUUUUCUGGAGAAGGAGGAGCUCAGAAAAUCCAUGGUAGCGAUUUAUUCUUUUUUUUGAUCGCCAACAAAUAUUAGUGUAGUCAUGAAGAUCGUAGCCCAAAAGCAACAAAUGACGGUGUGCUGGAGGUCCUUUUCCCGUAUUUCAUUGCAGCAGCGGAAAGCUCUUUUCUGGGGCAACGACAACCUUUUGAUGUAUUGACGCCGCCUCCACAUGGAAACACUCUGAACCAAUUACAACCUGGCUCGUAGCUAGUUAUGGACUGCACGGCGGCUAUUUUGAAAGCCUGUGCCCGUUCAAGGACCGUGUGGUGUAGGCACGAGCGGGCCUCAGUGCAUCAUCACCCAUGGUGGUUUGCAGAGAACUGCCAUUGUGGGUCGGUUGGCACCUUCAGCCAUGCCUCCUCGCUUCUGCGAAGCUUGCUGUUUUAUGUAUGCUGCUGUCUGACCCAUGAGGAAAACUCUGAUCUGUGUCGGGAUUGGGUCGAUCAUUCCAUCGAUGGAGCAAGGAGAACCAGGAGAGGAAGAUGUGAGGAAGGUGAAGAGGAGGAGUUAGGGCCACCUCCGUCAGUCGAUGAGGCAGCUGAUGCAUUGAUGACCAGGCUGGGCUUUUUAUUGGGAGAAAAGAUCAUCAAUGAAGAACCGGGUUCACCUCACCAUGCCCAAGUCGAUGGACAGAGGAUCUCGCCUUCCUCCAGCCUGGAGAGCAGCAAUACUUCCCCCUCCUCCACAUUACAGCCUCCUGCUGGAGUGGAGGGAAGCAACAACAACAAACCAUCCAUCCAUGCCUCUGUCACCUCCCCCACGUCAACACUGGAGAGCAGGGAUAGUGGAAUCAUAGCUACAUUGACCAGCUAUUCCGCUGAAUCAGCAGCAGAGCGCGACGACAGCGUCAAGCACACCAGCGGCGGUUAUCAAGACAGCAGCCUCAAACUCUGGCGGCAGGCGGAGCGGCCAGUGGUGGCUUCGGCUUCCUCUUCCUGCAUGAUAGCUACAGGGAGCUCCAACGAUGGCUUCCUCUACAAGGCUGAGGAGAAUAUGGUUUCCACAUGCAGCCUUAAUAAACUCCACCCAGAUUGGGGACAAGACUCCAAGCACUUGUCUGGAUCCACCCACUCCAUCCCACUCUACCUUAUGCCUCGGCCCAAUUCCGUUGCUGCCACUAGUUCUGCUCAACUUGAAGAUCUGGCCUACCUGGAUGAACAGCAAAGGACCGCCCCUUCCAGAGCAUCCCUCAGAAUGCCCAGACAGAAUUCUGGAAAUCGUAGUCAGCAAGAAAAGAGAGGUGAAAACAUAAAACAAAUGUGUUUGGACAAUGUUACAAGUCGCAUGAAAAAACAACUCUGUCUUCUCCUCUUUGCAGUUCAAUUGUCUCCAUAUCUGAGCCUGAAGCCCCUCCACUUUGAAAUUCCCGGACUGUUGUCCGAUUGGAGGUUUACCGGAAGGGAGUGGCUCUUCCAGGAAGUUGACACCUGUCUCUCCAGCGAUGACCCCUUAAUCAAUCGAGGGGUUGUGAUUGUCGGAAACAUGGGUUUUGGCAAGACGGCCAUCCUUGCCCGCCUGGUGUCACUUAGUUGUCAUGGGAACCAGAUGUGGCCAACAUCCACUGGCAUCCAGACGCUGCCCAAAUAUGCAGAAUCUUUCCCCCAUGAUUCACUGGGACGAGGAGGAGAUGAAGGAGGAGGGGCAAGCUGUCCAGGGACUCCAGAGUUCAAGAGGAGACAGCAAGAGGCGAUGCUGCGGCUUGCAGGACAGGUCGUUUCCUAUCAUUUCUGUCAGGCCGACAACUGUCACACGUGUCUGGUUCCGGAGUUCGUCCAUAACAUGGCGGCGAUGUUAACCGAAGCCCCUCAGCUGUCAGCAUAUCGAGAGCUGCUGCAUCGAUCACCGCAGCUUCAGUGCUCGCUCAGUUUGCGAUCCUGCAUCCAAGACCCAAGCUCAGCCUUCCAGAAAGGAAUUUUAGAACCACUGGAUGCUCUUUACAAGGAGAGGAGGUUGCAUGUGGAGGGGCCAGGGAUCAUUUUACUGAUUGAUGGGCUAAAUGAGGCAGAGUUCCAUCGGCCAGACUAUGGCGAUACACUGACCUCCUUUUUGUCCCGAAACGUUCACAAAUUUCCUUCAUGGUUAAAGAUCAUUGCCACUGUGAGGACCAAUCAACAGGACAUCACUCGCUCUUUGCCUUUUCACCGCAUCUCUUUAGACAGGAUGGAGGAAAACAGUGCCAUAGACCAAGACCUCCAGGGUUAUCUGACGCAACGUAUCCACAGCAGCCCUGAGAUUCAGAGCAAUGUGUCACUAAGCAAUGGUCGCCUCGACAGCACAGCCCUGACCAAGCUGAUAAGCCACCUGAAGACCCUAAGCAAAGGCUCAUACCUCUACCUGAAACUGACCCUAGACUUGAUAGAGGGAGGAUACCUGGUCCUUAAGAGUUCCAGCUUUAAGGUAGUUCCUGUAAGCCUCGCAGAAGUCUACCUGCUGCAAUUAAAUAUGCGGUUUCCCACGCAGUCAUCUUUCCUCAGAGUUAUACCGCUGCUAAAUGUAACUGUGGCAACGCUGCACCCGUUGACUGACCAACAGCUUUUUGAGGCCAUAAAUGCCGGCACUCUGACUGGUGGGGCAAUGCAGUGGGUCGAGUUCAUGCAGCGCCUGGAGCAGCUGUUUCCUUUCCUGAUGCAGCGGACUGACGGCAGUAGAAUGCUGAACCACACCUCAUUCAGAGAAUGGCUGGUGUGGAGGGAGGAAGGGCAGGACGACAGGUUUCUCUGUGACCCCAGGAGCGGUCACACACUGCUGGCUUUCUGGCUCUGCAGACAGGGAGGAAAGUUGAACCGACAGCAGACACUUGAGCUGGGGCAUCACAUCCUAAAGGCUCACAUCUACAAGGGCUUAAGCAAGAAACUUGGGAUUUCUUCCUCAAUUCUGCAAGGCCUGUGGCUGUCUUACAGUACAGAGAACUUAAACCAUGCUCUCUCAUCACUGCGGAACCUCUACACCCCCAACAUCAAGGUGAGCAGGUUGCUGAUUAUGAGUGGGGCUGAUGUGGAUUAUCGGAGCGGUGUCCUGAACAACGCACCCCUGCUAUGUGUCCACGCUCAUUUGGGCCACGGUGAUGCUGUAGCCCUUUUACUUGACCAUGGAGCUCAGGUGGAUAUUCAGUCACAGGAUGGAUUGACUGCACUGGGAUUUGCAGCUUCUGCUGGACAUCUGGAUGUUAUAACCCUGCUUAGUCAGCACAAAGCAAAGGUUGGUCACGUUGACACCUCCGGUCGGUGUGUUGGCGUGCAUGCAGCUCAGCGGGGCCACCUUCACGUGCUCCGUUUCCUUCUCAAGCACGCUGACUGGAGUUGCACUUCCUGCUGUGGCCAGAGGGCCGUGAGCAGGAGCCAGGCGCUGCAGCAAGCGCUGACUGCAGCAGCCAGCAUGGGCCACGCAGAGAUUGUAUCUUAUCUGCUGGAUCAUCCAGAGGAAGAUAAUAAGGAGGAGGAAAGACCCGAGGUCAACACACCUGACAGUCUUUGGGGAGAGACAGCUCUGACAGCAGCAGCGGGAGGUGGCAGGUUGGCUGUCUGCAAACUAUUGUUGGAUCAAGGUGCUGUUCUGGAGCAAGGCAGCAAGCGAAAUGUCUUACCGCUGUUCAGUGCAGUCAGACGGGGCCAUUGGCAGGUGGUGGAGUUGUUGUUGAAUCACGGGGCCCAGGUCAACACGGUGGACCAGCAGGGCCGGACUGCUUUGAUGACAGCGGCCUCGGAGGGUCACAUGACCACCGCCAAAUUGCUGCUGGAUCAUGGUGCAUCUCUGGAUCAGGCUGACCGGGAAGGCUUAACAGCACUGAGCUGGGCAUGUCUGAAAGGCCAGCUCCCAUUGGUCCAAGAGCUGGUGGCGAGAGGUGCAGCCACAACACAUACUGACCGCAGUGGGCGGACACCUUUGGAUCUGGCUGCGUUCCGCGGGGAUCCUGAAGUUGUGAAGCACCUGGUGGACCACGGUGCAUCAGUGGAACAUGUCGAUUCCAGUGGGAUGCGACCACUGGAUCGAGCGGUUGGGUGCAGAAACACUUCGACCGUCAUCGCUCUGCUCAAAAAGGGAGCCAAAAUAGGACCAGCAACUUGGGCCAUGGCUACAUCCAAGCCAGACAUUUUAAUGGUUCUUAUCAGUAAAUUGGUCCAAGAAGGUGACAAACUGUACAAGCAAGGUAAUGUGAGGGAAGCAGCUAGUUCCUAUCAGUCUGCACUUCAGAAGUUUCCAGCCGAUGAGUUGAAGACAUUCAGACAGCUGAGAGUGUGUGUGCUCCUCAAUCUGUCACGCUGUCGCCGCAAGAUGAAUGAUUUCGGUCUUGCCGAGGAGUUUGCUACCAAGGCUUUGGAGCUGAAAGCCAAAUCUUAUGAGGCCUUCUACGCCAGAGCACGUGCCAAACGCAGUCGCAGGCAGUUUCAAGCAGCCCUUGAAGAUUUGCUGGAAGCCAGCCGCCUGUGUCCUUCCAACCGGGAAAUUCAACGCCUGUUGUCUCGGGUUAAGGAAGAGUGUCGACAGCAUGUACCCAAACCAGACUCGUCCACUCAAGGAAACUUCUCUAACAAUGAUUCAAGGAGCAGAGAUUCCGAUUACCUGCAUGUUCACGCCAACGAGGCAUUUGCCAAGGAUGAUGAGAAUGAAGUGGAUAGGAAUAAGUGGAAUAUCUACGGACAUCCAGGGUUGCAGUUAGCGCCUUCCCUCUCCCCAACUCACAAUGUGCACAGUCCCCAUUCGAGUCCUACCCGUUCGCCCUCGUCUUCCCCUUCUCACCCGGCCCCUCCCUCCUCCUCCUCCUAUCACUGUUUCAGCCCUCCGACCUCGCCGCGGCAGCAUCAGCAGCCCACAAGCCCGAUGGCGGAGCGAAAGAUGUUACCUGCUCACCAUGCAGACCAGGGAAUACAGCAGCAUCACCAUCCAGCGAGACCUUUUCAAAGCCAAAACCAGUGGCUCCAACCAGCCAAAGUCCAGGUUGUCAGAACGGGUCAACCCGCUUCAGCAGUCCACUCGAGCAUGGUUCUGGGUACUUCUGCCUACUCCCAGUUUGCCCAACUGCCGCAAGAACUUGCUGAACUCGGGGAGGGAUUUUGCCCUAGCCCCUUUGACAUGAAACCAAGCCAGCAGGUGCAUACAAGUCUGGGUUGCGGCCCUUCAUAUCUAAGAGAGACUGCCGAUGUUGACCUGGUUUACCAAUCAAAACCUACAGCAGCCUACGGGACGGGUGUGAGUCGCUUUGCGCAGCCCCGUCAGUUUAGCCGCAACCAAUCCAAAGCUGCCCAUUAUCCCAUGGAAGUAACUGAAAUGGCAAACGCUCCCCCUGAUGAUCAUCAGUAUCUCCACCAGUCGGGCCUACGACACCCGACCUCGCCGGCUCUUCCUCAGAGAUCAGUCAUCCACUCCCACAGCACCAACGUCUGCAUCUCCACUAGCAGCGGCAGCCUCGCUAGCGGGCAGCAGGCCAACCGAGGCCUGAGUUUCAGGACGUCAGCCUCCACGCAGCACGUGGACUUACCUUCACAAGCUUUUACGGGAGAAAUGAUUGGUCACCUGGAUGAUCUCAUGCUCAACUGCUCUCCCCAAGCAGAGUGCGUAGUAGGAGGUGGGACUUAUCCCGGAGAGGCCGGUCGUUCAUCGAGGAACAUGCCUUACAUGGGCGUGAAUGACAAGUCUGUCAGGGUGCUCCAACAAUAUCAGCAGCAACCUUCGCCCGCUUCCUCAUCCAGCCUCAGCCCCUCUCGAUCGUGGGCAGUGUCUUCAGUAGACACCAUCAUUACAUCGCCUGCAAAACACCCCAGCAAACAAGCCAAUGAGCUGAGCCAGUCGCAGCAGGCUUUCUCCAUCGCCUAUCACAACCGCAGCAACAACAAUGGCCACUAUGACAAGCAGCUACCCUAUUACGAUGUGUUGCCGGGCCAUAAUCCUCAGGUCGCCGGUCAGAAGCUGCCUUACAUUGACGUAAAGCUUGCCCAAACACUGGCAGGCAAUCGAAAAACAUGUCCGACCUCUCCUGUCAAAGCUAAAAGACCCUUUGUGGAGUCUAAUGUGUAGAGAAGGGGAAGAAGAGGAUUCAGUAACUAUUUGUACAACCUGUUGUCCUUAUGUACGACAUAAGAGACGGGUAAGGGUAAGACGUGAACUGAUAACCCUCGAAUGGUAUUCGGGGUGCGUGAUAGCCGAUUUAGUUGAGAAAUGCACGUUACAAGAUCUCUGCCUGAAGCACAGGUCAUUGUAUAGAAGACUGUAGCAACCUCAACGGGAGGAUAGUGGAAUGUCCCCCAAGCACAAGGAGCAGUAGGGGCAUUUAAGGUGGGCUUGAUGUCUCCUCUGUGACUUCCUGUGGACACCCGUGGAUGCCGAUAUGGAUGCACAGUAGCAACUUGAUGCCUUCACCGAAGAGCUGCACAUGCACUUAACCCGCUCCCCAUGGAAAUCUGGAUGAAAAAAAAAAUCACUACAAGAUGGUAUGGCAAGCCAUAGAGCAUCGAUAUCUCCGAUAUCCAUAGCCAGUAUUCUGAAUCAUCCAAUGUACUCGUACACACUUUGUCCUCGCUAGUAAAACAAUUUCGCUCGCUAGUAGAACAAGUAGGACGCAGCAGUAGUGUUUUGGUUUUUUUUUUCCUGGUACUGUAAACCCACGAUUGCAAAUUACAAAACCAAGAAUAGCGAAGCUCUCCAAAUAAUUGACAGCCAUUGUAAUUGCCAUUGGAAUUUUUUUUUUUUUCUGUUUUUUUGUGGGGCCUGGAGGGUUGUCAGGGAGGGGGGAAAAAGCAUUGUGGGUAAUUACUGCACUCUAUUAGUGGCACUAGUUGAAUUUUAUAGUCACUAGUAGUACCAGUACUUUGGAGUUGUCAAGUACUACAGUUUUGUCCAAUUAGUACGGCUAGUACAGUAUAGAAGGAGAUCAGUGGAGGGAUGACCGGUCUGGCUCACUGUUCAGAGGACUCGAGUUCAAAUCUGGCCUCCCCUUUGUGUCGUUUCCAUGUUUUCCUUAUGCUGCGUGGGUUUUUCUCCAGGCACUCCGGUCAUUUAAUUGAAUACUGUAAAUUGUCAGUACGUGUGAAUGGUUGUUUGUCGUUAUGAGCCCUGUGAUUGUCUGGCGACCAGUCCAAGUUGUAGCCCUCCUCCUUACCAGAGAGGCUCCAGCACGUGACCCUCCCCUAAGAUAAUUGGCAUGGAAAAUGGAUGGAUGGUAAUGGAGAUGUUGUACUAGUGUGACCUAGUUGUUCUAUUAGUGCACUGAUUUGUUGUAUUAGUAUGGACAAAAAGCAUACUAGUAUAUGGACAAUUGCCAUUGGAUAGCCCUUCUCUGAUUGCCGAGCAGUUUGAGAGACCUCUCACUGUCAUCACAAGACUGACUCGGUGUGCAAAGAAAAGACAAGCAAACUGUAUUUAUCUUUUUUGUUGUUGUUGUUUUUAGAUGUCUGUCUUAAAAUGUGUACAUUUAGUUGUCUUUUUGCUUUGAAAAAUGGGACAAAAAAGAUGUAUAUAAUUUUGUGCACACCUUUUUCUUACACCGUUAUGCAUUCAGCAUCCUGCAAAGAAAAAAUAAGUCUUACUUGUAGUCGUAGUACUUUUCUGUUUUGUUUUAGCUACAAUGAUUGCACAUGCGUGUUAGGGGUACAUUGAAAAGACAAAAAAAAAGUGAAAUUGCACAAUAUAAUAGAAUGGUUGUGGGAGAAUAAAGUCGCUAUAUUCUAAAAAAAAAAAAAAAAAAAAGUAAUAUUAUGAGAAUUUUUAUAAAGUGUUGUUGCAAAAGUAUGGUAUUUUAUUUUAAGUUUGGACCUAAUACUCUUUCGCUAGGAUUUGUUAUUGCCAUGGAAAACAGCAGUUGAGACAAUGGAUCGUCGUGCUGUGGCUGUCACUCAUGUCGCACAGUUUGUGGUUUUAGCCAAGGGUUUGGCCUACGUCCAAGGCCAAAGGACACAUUCAGCAUUUGAGCAACCUUUAGCACAAGUAGCUCUCGAGCGAGCGUUGAAAAUCGUCUCAAGAGAUUCACGCUUCCGUUCUCUGUGCCGUGUAUCCUGUGUAGGUUUCACAGGCUCAACUUGUUCCAUUUACUUUCUUAAUGUUUUUUUUUAAUGUUUUGUGAACAUGAAUGUUUUAUUUUUCAUUUCUUUUGAUAUGUUUCUGAUAAAAACGAGAUUUCUAACCUCUCCAUCAUGGUACAGUUCUCCGGUGUCACAGGAGCUGUGAUUUUGACUGCUUGGAAUUCUAAAACGGCCACUUGAUUGGGUGUAUUAAACAGAUGAAAAUCAUUAAACGUCACUGACAACUCUG